UCACGCACGACGACAUCGGGAAAAUCGUCAGCCAGGAAACGCUUUUGCUGCGCUCGCUCGACGCGCGGGAUGUUCGGUUGGUUUGGCUAAGUAGGCGACGCAAAUUUUCUGUCACCGCGACCGGCAUCGUCGUGGCGUGGUGACAAACACCGCACGGGAAAGUGUUGCGAUCGCGUCAGGUCUGGUAGGAUCAAAGCAAGCGGUUUUCCUUCUAACGCUAGUCUGCUCGUGGAUUUCGUCGAUGUUAAGUGGUGGCAGCGCGUGGUGUGUCGUCUUUGAAUAAGCAAGCGUGCGUACGUGAAAUAUCGAUCACCUUGGCUGAAGCGUGGAAAUUUAAGAAGAAGCUUAGGGAGUGAGAGUACGAAUCAAGCGCCUGAAGUGGGGGCAACGUGAUCGGCCAUGACCAAGUUCAACAAGAAUCUGUGCAGGAAGACGAAUCAACCCGUAUCGAUGAAGCCGGGUUUUGAAAUGGAGCAUAAAAGUGGUGCGGCCUUGGGCAUAUUGGCAGCCGGUGGUGGGGGAUUCAUGGGUGGGGUUGGUUUUAUGGGGGCAAUGCAACAACAUCAGCAACAACAGCAGCGUGUCAGUGAUAGUGAGUUUAUGUGUGGGGGUGGGUAUAAUGGGAAUGCUAGUGGCGGUGCGGCAUUGACAGCGGAGCAGAAGUUGAAGCUGAACAUACAGCAGUUGCAGAUUAGGCAAAAGCAGUUGCAGUUGCAUAACGAGGACUACGAUGAUAACAGUGUUAGUUCGGAGGAUACACAUGUGCUGGCGCCUGCCUCCGGAUGCAUGGCUAGCCCCAACAGACCUUGUUUGGCGUGGGCUUGCAAGGCUUGUAAGAAGAAGGGUGUUACGGUAGAUCGACGGAAAGCAGCCACGUUGCGAGAAAGGCGGCGGUUGAGGAAGGUAAACGAAGCCUUCGAAGUCCUGAAGCGUCGCACCAGCACAAACCCGAACCAACGGUUACCGAAGGUGGAAAUUCUACGAAACGCCAUCGAAUAUAUCGACAGCCUGCAAGCACUUCUAGAGGAAACACCUCCACUUCGACCCGGCUCGGAUGACAUUCUCACCGAUAGCAGUUCGGCGUCCAGUUUUUCGUCACCCCAGGAUUACAUGAACUGCUGCUCCAACAGUUACCUGCGCGAACGGUUACAUCAGCUCAGUAAGGAUAGCGAUCGGUACUCUCCAAUUACAGGCCACACACCGGCGAGCGCAGCCAAUGGAUCGAGCCUGGACUGUCUGAACCUGAUCGUGCAAAGUAUUACCAGCAUGACAACGGCGGCCAAUGGCCCAACCGGAGGACUCGGGUCCUCUUCAAGUGGCCACCACCAUCACCAGCAUCAUCCUCACGCCGCUCCUCCGAUCAACCAAAUUUCGUUCGCAUCUCCUUCGUCUUCGACCUCGUCGUCAUCUUCCUCAUCAUCGUCAUCGGCGGCCUCGGUGUCGCCGGUUCCUCCACCGCCGCCGUCAGGAACAACCACAGCAAUCCGGACGGUUGCGACGACAUCAGCGCUACCUUAGAAACCACACAUAAAACGGUGGCGCGCACCAGUCACAGACUUCUUGGAUCUUUUGGUACGCGCGCGUACGUACGGUUCAUAUGUUUAAUGUUAGGUAUAAAUGCCAUAGUUCAAAUAAGUGCAAUGCAAUACUAAAUGUCUCAGGCCGCAUGGUUAUUCCUAUAGUAGAAUGAACGGCCAAACGACACUCGCUAAUUAAUUGUAAAUAUUCGCUACGUUGAGAUUAAACAAUGCCUUUCUUAUAAUGUGUGCUUCUGGGUUUCUUGGCGCAGGACCGCACAUAAGUCAAUUUACGACAUUCUGGCACUGGCUCUGGAUGCAAAAGUGAAAGGUGAAAUGGAAAAUUAAGUGCGCGUUCUGCUCUGCCUGUGCAGGUUUUCCGUUCGGGCUAGUUUAGUGAGAGUACACUGAAUUCUUUUUUUACACGACUUUUUUUUACGCGAUUUUAUUUUGCACGACUUUUUUUACGCGAUUUUCUCGAAGUCACGCGACUUUUUUUUACGCGAUUUUAGUCAUUUGCGGAGGGCAAAUCGCGUAAAAAAAAUUUCCUUUGGAUUUUUUUUGCGCGAAUUCUCGAAGUUACGCGAACUUUUUUUACACGAUCUUUUUUUGCGCGAACGCAUCCAUCGCGUAAAAACAGAAUUUAGUGUAUACAGGGUGUUCUGAAAUGAACAGUAGCCGCGGUACUGCUUUUAAGUCAUUAGGAUGCCAAAGAUUACUUGUACUGUGUGUGAGGGAAUGUGAUGAAAGAAUUCACUAUUAACGGGCAAAGCGUAUUUGCAGUCUGAACACAGGUCUGAAUGAUUGUAUGAAGGAAUGUAAAAAUUUGAAAAUGAGUAGUUUUUGCAGUAGUGUGCUUUGA